AUUUUCUGUGGAAUUCAUAGCGCAUCUUUGCUUGGGGUGAUCUCAAGAGGUUCUUGCUUAACUUGCGACGCGCCAGCGAUCUUUCCCCUCCUCUGCUCCUCGUCCUGUCUUCGUGUCUCCAUUCCGAGCCAGCGCCUCAGAUUCCUAGCUCGCCCCGACUUGCAUUCCGCUCAAUCCCUCCAUCAAAGCCCUCCCCUAUCCACAUCGCCAGGAGUUUUGUCUGAAUUUCUUGCUGACCGCAGGUAACGCGAGAGCUUCCACAUUCCGGGAGCUGAUCGGCCAUGCCAAGGAGGAGAAAGACGCCCAGAGAGGAUGAGAAAGGAUCUCCUCCACCUUCGUCGAGCGGAGCUUCUCCACAGCCGCCGCCCCGUGCCGCCGCGAGCUCCAGCUCCACCACCGAAGCUUCACAAGGGGCUUUAGCCAUGGCCAGGCAUCCACAAUACUCGCAGCAUUACCAAGUAGGAGGAACUAGUGGUGGAAGGAGUGGAGGUCAGUAUAGUCAAUCAAGUAGUGGCCGUGGAGGAGGAGGAACGGGAGGAUAUCAUGGGCAGCAGCAGCCGCGACAAGCUCCAGCAGUGAGCGCAGUGGUAGAGCAAUUUUCUGGAUUGGGUGUGGAAGUUCCAGUUCCUGCGCAACCAGCGCCACCGCAGCCGAGCGUCGUAGCUCCUCCAGCGUCUAGCAAGGCCUUGAGAUUUCCGCUGAGGCCCGGACGCAGCCAAACGGGGGUUAAGUGCAUUGUCAAGGCGAAUCACUUCUUUGCAGAGCUACCAGAUAAGGAUCUACACCACUAUGAUGUGACGAUCACUCCCGAGGUGAUAUCGCGUGGUGUGAAUCGAGCGGUCAUGGAGCAGCUCGUUAAGUUUCACAGGGAUUCGAGUUUGGGUCACAGGCUCCCAGUGUAUGAUGGCCGGAAAAGCCUGUACACUGCUGGGCCUUUACCCUUCCAUUAUAAGGACUUUCAGGUAAGUCUGCCGGAGGAAGAUGAUGGAUGUGGUACACCGAGGAGAGAUCGGCAGUUCAAGGUGGUCAUCAAGUUCGCUGCUCGUGCUGAUCUGCAUCAUCUUGGCCAGUUUCUGGCCGGGAGGCAAGCAGAUGCUCCUCAAGAGGCCUUGCAAGUGCUGGACAUAGUGCUGCGAGAGCUUCCUACCCAUAGGUAUUCGCCUGUUGGACGAUCGUUUUAUUCACCAGACUUAGGACGUACACAAUCCCUCGGUGACGGCUUAGAAAGCUGGCGAGGGUUCUACCAGAGUAUAAGGCCCACGCAAAUGGGUCUUUCUCUGAAUAUUGACAUGUCAUUUACUGCUUUCAUUGAGCCGCUGCGCGUGGUGGACUUUGUUGGCAAACUCCUUAACAAGGACGUAAGCAGGCCACUUUCGGACGCUGACCGCAUCAAGAUCGAAAAAGCUCUGAGAGGGGUCAAAGUGGAAGUUACACAUCGCGGAACCAUGCGACGAAAAUACAGGAUUUCUGGCUUAACUUCUCAGCCUACUCAAGAACUAAUGUUUCCUGUUGAUGAUAGAGGUACAAUGAAAUCGGUAAUGGAGUAUUUCCGAGAUACAUAUCACUACACUAUACGAAGCCCAUCUUUACCUUGUUUACAAGUUGGAAAUCAAGAAAGACCAAAUUAUCUGCCAAUGGAGGUCUGCAAGAUUGUGGAAGGACAAAGGUAUACUAAACGUCUCAACGAGCGUCAAGUGACAGCCCUUCUAAAAGUAACAUGCCAACGGCCCAGGGAAAGAGAACUCGAUAUUUUGCAAACUGUUUAUCAUAAUGCAUAUAAUCAAGACCCAUACGCCCAGGAGUUUGGGAUACGUAUCAGUGACAGACUGGCUCUCGUGGAAGCUAGAAUACUGCCUGCCCCACGGCUGAAAUAUCAUGAAACGGGUAGAGAAAAGGAUUGCUUGCCUCAAGACGGGACCUGGCAUAUGAUGAACAAGAAAAUGGUCGAUGGAGGGACAGUGAACUACUGGGCAUGCGUCAAUUUCUCUCGUACUGUUCAAGAUAAUAUAGCUCGGGGAUUUUGUAACGACCUUGCUCAGAUGUGUCUUAUUUCCGGAAUGGCGUUUGCUGCUGAACCUAUCAUUCCAGUUCAUGCUGCACGCCCAGACCAGGUAGAACGUGCUCUGAAGUCGGUAUAUCGUGAAGUUCAAAGCAAGGUCAAAGGAAAGGAAUUAGAGUUACUGAUUGCCAUAUUACCUGACAACAAUGGCUCACUUUAUGGCGACUUGAAACGAAUUUGCGAAACAGACCUGGGAUUGGUUUCUCAAUGCUUCUUGACAAAGCACGUCUUUAAGAGAGGAAAGCAGUGUCUUGCUAAUGUUGCGUUGAAAAUCAAUGCCAAGGUCGGAGGCAGAAACACUGUCUUGGUGGAUGCACUAUCUCGGAGGCUUCCUUUAGUAAGUGAUACGCCAACAAUUAUAUUUGGAGCGGAUGUUACGCAUCCUCAUCCUGGAGAAGAUUCGAGUCCCUCGAUUGCAGCGGAUUGGCCAGAAGUCACGAAAUACGCAGGUCUAGUGUGCGCUCAAGCUCACAGACAAGAGUUGAUCCAAGAUUUGUAUAAAACAUGGGUUGAUCCUCAGAAGGGAACCAUGAAUGGCGGUAUGAUAAGAGAGCUUUUAAUUUCUUUCCGAAGUGCCUCUGGAUACAAACCUGGAAGAAUCAUCUUCUACAGAGAUGGUGUGAGCGAAGGACAGUUCUACCAAGUUCUCCUUCACGAGCUGGAUGCAAUUAGAAAGGCUUGCGCGUCACUCGAGCCGAACUAUCAGCCUCUCGUGACGUUCGUUGUGGUCCAGAAACGGCACCACACCCGGCUAUUUGCUAACGAUCACGACGAUACAAGAACCACUGAUAAGAGUGGAAAUAUCCUGCCAGGCACUGUGGUGGAUUCGAAGAUUUGCCAUCCAACGGAGUUUGACUUCUACCUUUGCAGCCAUGGCGGCAUUCAGGGAACAAGCAGACCAGCACACUAUCACGUACUUUGGGACGAGAACAAGUUCACUGCCGAUGGCUUGCAGUCCCUCACCAACAGCCUGUGCUACACUUACGCUCGCUGCACACGCUCAGUCUCGAUAGUACCACCUGCAUACUACGCUCACCUGGCUGCGUUCCGCGCGAGAUUCUACAUGGAGCCGGACGCGUCCGAGGCUGGCUCCGUCCACCGGAACACUGCUCCCCGAGCUGGUAAUUGCCAGGAUGGCUCCAUCCGGCCGCUGCCCGCGUUGAAGGACAAGGUUAAGAAGGUCAUGUUCUACUGCUAGUCAGUAUGCUACUACUACUCUUUUGCUUUUAUCUCGCGUUUUUAAUCUAUCUGACUCCUGUUGCUUUCGCAUA